CCCGGCCCUGCCGGUGGCCAGCAGCAGCUGCCUCUGCGCCGCCCACCGCCCCAAGGGACCCGCCCGCCGGACCCUGCGCAUCAAGGUGGCCUGCCCCGCCGGCGACCUGUUGGAGACCCUGCAGCCCAGCCUGCUGCCGCGCCACACCGUCACCUUGAUUCUGAGCAACAACAAGAUCCUGUGGGUCAAGAACGGCGCUUUCUUCGGCCUGAGAUCCCUGGAAAGGCUAGAUCUGAAGAAUAACUUGAUUAGCACUAUUGAACCUGGGGCUUUUCAUGGACUUUCAGAACUGAAGCGCCUGGACCUCUCUAAUAAUAGGAUUGGCUGUUUAACCCCUGACAUAUUUAUCGGACUUAACAGUCUUCACAAAUUGAAUUUAUCGGGAAAUAUUUUCUCCAGUCUAAUGCACGGACUUUUUUCUGAGCUUUUAGCCCUGAAAGCCUUACAUUUCAACACGGAUUCCCUCAUCUGCGACUGCAAUCUAAGAUGGGUCCUUCAGUGGGCCCGAAGUGCAUCGGUGCGGAUAGCAGAAGAAACCCUCUGUGCCUACCCCAGUGCCCUACGAGGUCUGGCCUUUCGCAACCUCAAGGAGACCGAACUGACCUGUGCCGGCCCCCUGGAACUGCCCCUUUUUGAGCUGAUUCCAUCCCAGAGGCAAGUGGUUUUCCAUGGGGAUCGCCUGCCCUUCCAGUGCACCGCAACGUACGUCGACAACACCACCCAAGUCCACUGGCAUCACAACGGACGCUUGGUUGAGAGCGACGAAGAGCGGGGCGUGAUUGUGGAAGACAGCAUCAUUCACGACUGCUGCUUAGUUACCCGGGAGCUGAUUCUGUCCAGCAUUGAUAUUAGUGCCACCGGGACCUGGGAGUGCUUGGUCAACAAUUCCUAUGGAUCUAAAACCAAGCGAGUGGAAAUCGCUGUCCUGGAAACAGUGGCGCCUUACUGUCCCGCAGAAAGGGUCCUCAAUAAUAAAGGCGAUUUCAGGUGGCCCAAAACUUUGGCCGGGAUUACGGCCUACCUGCCCUGUCUCCAGUAUUCAUUUAGUUCGAUCUCUUUCAAAAACGGCCCCACAGAAGCCAAGGCCUGGCGCAAAUGUAAUCGGACCGGACUUUGGGCUGAAUUCGACUAUUCCGAGUGUCCUUACUCAAAAGAAGUCACACAAAUCCUUCACGCUUUCAGCAUGAUGCCCAUCAAUGCAUCCAAUGCCCUUGAGUUUUCCCGCCAACUUAGAAUCUAUACAGGAGGGGCUUUCAACUUUGCAGAUAAGAUGGACGUUGUGUAUCUGGCCGAAAUGAUGGAAAAGUUAAUCGUCUUCGUGGAGGAAGUCAAAGACCUCGGCGGGGCUCUAGUGGACAUCGCCAGCAACGUAAUGGUGGUGGACGAGCACGUCUUGUGGACGGCCCAGAACGAAGACAGAGCCUGCUCCCGGAUCGUGCAGUGUGUGGAACGAAUCACGCCUCUGGCCCUGGCCAGGGACACGCCGGCCCUAUCCAAGGUUUCGCUGAACAUCGCUCUGGAGGCCUUUUGGAUCCAACCGUCCAGCUUCCCGGGGGUGACCUGCACAGCCUUCCAGAAUCGGCCCGCUUCCGGGGACUGGGCGAGGCUCAGCUGGGGGAGGCACCGACACCAAGACUUCCACCCGGACCAACGCUUGAGUUGGAAAUGCCACCCCGGGGAGCCCGGCGCUCCCGGAGACAGUUUCUCCGCCAAGAAUACUGUAGCUGUCGCUUCAGUUCAUUCAGCACAGCCCGUCUUCUCUCAGUCUCCGGUCUGGCAAUCUGUUGAUAACUCCAGUUGCCGGCUACAAUUCAUCGUCUUUCGCAAUGGCAAACUCUUUCCCAGCACGGGGAACUCGUCCAACCUUGCGGAUCACGGACGGCGGAGGACGGUCACCACACCGGCGGUCUUUGCUAAAAUAGAUGGGUGCAGCUCCGGAAACCUCACCAGCCUGCUCACCGUAGGACUGAGGCACUUUGCCCAGGGCACGGAUCCCAUCGUAGCCUUUUGGGACUUUGACCUUCGCGGUGGACAUGGAGGCUGGCGCGGAGAAGGGUGCCACAUAAUUAGCUCCGCGGGCGAUAGCACCACCGUUCAGUGUACACACUUCGGUAACUUUGCAGUGCUCAUGGAUUUGAAGACUGUGCUCUCCCUGCCCCAGUACCCAGGGGAAUUCCUCCACCCUGUGAUCUAUGCCUGCACUGCAGUGAUGCUACUGUGCCUCCUCUCGUCUAUCAUUACCUACAUCGUGCAUCACAGCACAAUCCGAAUCAGUAGAAAAGGAUGGCACAUGCUUCUCAAUUUCUGUUUCCACACCGCUCUUACGUUUGCCGUUUUUGCUGGUGGAAUCAAUCGCAUAAAAUACCCAAUUAUUUGUCAAGCUGUUGGCAUCGUCUUACAUUAUUCGACACUUUCCACCAUGCUCUGGAUCGGGGUUACAGCAAGAAACAUUUACAAGCAAGUGAUAAAAAAAGCCCACCCGUGUCCAAAUGGAGACCCACCUCCUUAUCCUAAACAACCAUUGCUCAGGUUUUAUCUGAUUAGCGGAGGUGUUCCUUUUAUUAUAUGUGGAAUUACAGCUGCAACUAACAUCAAGAAUUAUGGGACUGAAGGGGAUGAUGCACCAUACUGCUGGAUGGCCUGGGAGCCGAGCCUGGGGGCCUUCUACGGGCCCGUGGCCUUCAUCGUGCUGGUCACCUGCGUCUAUUUCCUCUGCACCUACGUCCAGCUGAGACGCCACCCGGAGCGCAAGUACGAACUGAAGGAGCGGCCGGAAGAGCGGCAGAGGCCGGGCGGGCCGGCCGAAGCGGGGCCCGGCCUCCCGCCGGCCCCUCGGCCCGGCCCCUCGGCCCCCUCGUCGCUUCUGGAAAACGAGCACUCGUUCAAGGCCCAGCUGCGGGCGGCAGCGUUCACCCUCUUCCUGUUCGCCGCCACUUGGACCUUCGGGGCCCUGGCCGUGUCCCAGGGCCACUUCCUGGAUCUGGUCUUCAGCUGCCUCUACGGGGCCUUCUGCGUCACGCUGGGCCUCUUCGUCCUCAUCCACCACUGCGCCAAAAGGGACGACGUGUGGCACUGCUGGUGGGCCUGCUGCCCCUCCCGGAGAGACGCGCCCGCCCUCGCCCCUCCGGGCGCCCCCCGCCCCAAGGCCGCCAUCAACGGGGAGGCCCCCCGGCCCGGUCCGGCCGAGCCCGCCGGCCUGGGCCACCCGGCCCUGGGCUCCUGCAAGCUGACCAACCUCCAGGCCGUCCAGAGCCACCCCGUCAACUGUCUGUCGCCCGUGACGCCCUGCUGCGCCAAGGCGCGCUGCGAGCAGCUGAUGGGGCCCGACGACGAGGACGACGAGGACGACGACGAGGACGACGCGGACCACGAUGGGGCCCGCGGCCACGUGCCCGGAGAGGGCGGCUUCGGGCCCGCCCCGGCCCUGAGCAGGUGCCCCAAGGGCCGAACCAAAGCGCGCUACCUGAGCUGCCCCCGGGCCUCGUACGCCUACCACAUCCCCUCCAGCCUCGACGGCAGCCUCCGCAGCUCGUGCACCGACAGCCCCCGCGACGGUCGCCCUCCGGGAGACCCAUACCGGCCCCUGGCCACCACCAGCCAGCCGGGAAGCGGCGACGCCAGCCCCGUGGGGCUCUACAGAGGGGCCGGCUCGGCCGACGGGACCCCGGGACCUCACUUGGAGAUGCAGGCCCGGACCCGGCCUCUGCGCUUCGGGCCCACGGGGCGCGACGGGAUCCUCCAGGGCAAGCUGCUGCAUGAGGCCCUCGUCUACGGUUCGGAUGGGACGGGGAAUAUCAAAACCGGCCCCUGGAAAAACGAAACUACCGUGUAGGGCUUCGACCCGGGCCCGCCCCCACCCCCGCCUCCGCCGAGCUUGUCUUCGAAACCGGGGAAGAUCGAUCCCAGAGCUCCUUACGACGUCGACCUUUUCCAGCUUUUCUCUCUGCUGGGAAGGACGCCUACCGAAGAGACGCGGCAACAGUAGCCAGAAUGUGAAGUGUCUGUCUGUCUGUGGGUUUGUUUGCUCGUUGGUUCGCGAAAGGUUAAAGGGAGUGCUGAGAGAGGUUUGGAAAAUCCAUCCUACACAACUGACUCUGAGGCAAUAUCCUUUGGUCACCCAGAAUGGUGUUUAGGCAGACGGGCAUUCCCUUUUCGAUCACUGCUUCAUUGACAAAAAGGCCUCCAGGAUGUGGGAACUUUCGUUUUUUUCUUUUAACCUGCAAACAUCCCAAUCUCUGCUUCUCUAGAUUGUUUAGGGUUUGUUUUGAGUGAGCCAAUUUCGGUGGGCCGUGGAUUUAAUAUGCAAAAGCAACAGCCAUAGAAAUAAAGGGCAGGAUUUUUUUAAAAUAACUGUCAUCAAUUUUUAGACCUCCAAAAGUGAUACUGCCUCAAACGUCCUUACUGUAGCGUGUGGCCUGUAAAAUCACCUAAUGCACAGUCUCUCCCUCCAUGCUGGAGAGAAGUAGUAGGUAAUUGAUAUCUCUGUUACAUCUCCAGCGUCGUACCAGUUGUGUUCUGCAUGCCCCAUGUCGGCUAUUUCAUUUGCUGCUGUUUUCUGGUGUUAAACGUGUUUAAAAAAAGCAGUAUUUUAAGAGACUGCAAAAGCCCUGUUGGUAUUGCCGCAGAGCAUUACGAAUCCACACUGAUCUCCACCGGACUAAUUAAAGUGGCACGAUCCCUCAUCCGAGGUUAUACGAUAGCUUUGAUAAGGGCCCACUCUAAUAUCUCCGUCGAGCAUGCACAAUCGUGUUUUGCGACACUGCCAUGGACUGCCAGUUGUCUCUGCAAGUUUGACACUCUGUUGUAAAAUAUGCCUUGGGAACACUCCUGUCGGCUGUUUCCCAAUCACCGCUGCCCCCCAUAAUGCAGUGUUAUCAUUAGCUCUUGGGGGACUACAGUCAUCUUUCACUGGGACCGUAACAUUCUGUGUUGGCCGAUCACGUGAGGAAAGGGGUCUUGUAGCAGCACUGAUCGAUGACCGUGUGUUUAUUUGAAAUUCCAUCACCAUCAUUAUUGUUGUCGUCAUAGUUAUGAUUGCGUGGGAAUGCCGUUCCUCUGAAAAAUCCCAGAUGUAUACGUGAUCUUCGAGUUACAGCAUGGCCUAGUGGAUAGACCCCCGGGCCUGGGCGUCAGAAGGACCCGGGUUCUAAUCCCGGC